UUUUGCCGGGCGAAACAGAUGUUUGCAAAUAUUUUUAUGUUUCUAUAAAAUCGAUUAUUUUGUAAUAGAUCCCUAGCAAAACUUUUGGACCCUAAACUGAACAUAAAAUACUUGCUGGUUUUUAUAAAACUUCUAUAAAAUAGUUAUUAAAAUCUAUACGUAGAAGGAAAAAUCGACAAUUUCAGGAUUUUAAAAUUUUAUAAUAAACAACAGCUAACCAUCUACCCUGAGAUAGAAAGUGUUUGCCCAAAAAACCGAGAUUAGAAUCUGUAAGUUCUACAGAUGAUAAACGAACUGUUUUUCUUAGCCUAGAAGUUUUGGUUCAAAGCAAGAGUUUUUGCAAGAAAUGUGAAUUACAUUUAAAAAAUCUGGAUGGGUAUGUUUUGUGUCGGGACAAUAUUGUGGCUGCUGGCCAUAACUGGCUGGGUAGCAUGCAGCGAAUUUCCUGAACGAGAAUGCUGCGAUUUGAUUACUUCGGAAACCACAUCUACUUUAGGGCCUUUGCUUACCACCCUAUCAUCGAAAACAGGAUCGAGUACGAAAGCCACUGAAGCGAUCCUCAACUGCAUAACCGCACGCCAGCUCUGUUUUAACGACAGUUCAUGUUCUGCUAUACUUGAAAUUAUCCCCCAAGUCUGCGGACCUGAAGUGGUUGCUUGUUCGACGGUAACAGUGACGAAAUGCCAAGCGGCCCUUCGCACCCUCCAGGCGUUUCCCUUUUUCAAGCCAACGUGUCUUUGUAGAGAGCCCCACAUGGAUCCCGAAUGUAACUCCUUCAGGGAUUUCCUAUUCGAUCACCCCUGCGUGUUUGUCAAGGAAAAAGAAAAAGAUCCUUAUCCAGUUGACGCUUUGCCAACUUGUACCCACGCCCAUUUCGUAUGCCAACAAGAGCCGAAGUGUAUUAGGCUAUACGAGGAUUUUAAAACGCAUUGCAAAGUUCGGGACAAUAAAUGUCGAAUGGAGGACAGACAACUGUGCUUUGAAUCAUGGUCCGGUCUUCGUCGUUCGCCGAUGUUCGGAUGCAUCUGUCCUAAUAAUCACAUGAAAAAAAGAUGCGACCGAAUGUUCAGCAUGGUGAAUCACAAUCCGUGUGUUGCAUCCAAUAACUUAUCAUCGCCAUAUUCGGACGAAAUCAGCUACAAUCCAUUCAUCGACGGUACCAAUGGACAAGAAGCGCAUGCUAAUUCCAAUCAUGUUUCCUUUAACAUCUUAAACAACGACAAACUGAACAAGGAUCAUAAGACCCACUACUCAUAUCCGGACGAAGAAGACCUGCAAACCAUUGAGCAAACAUCGCAUCAUUUAGGGCCAUCAAGUAAUUCGAUCGACCCGGAAAAAGAAAGACUGGUUUUACAAAGCACUUGUCACAGCGCAAUGGAUAGCUGUAACAAUAACUACCACUGUCGAAUGCUGCUCGCCCCGAUUCUACAUCACUGCGACAUUUCCCGUUGCAACCGAAACUCCUGUAUGGAAGCACUUCAGACAUUUUAUGGAAAACCGGAUUUUCCUUGGAACACGGAGAUCGGCUUUUGUUUGUGCAAGAAAACGGAAAACAAGCACGACGCAUGCUUAAUGGCUCAAGAGAAAUUGCAUCCGGUUUGUGCACAACGGAUUGAAGAAUCGCCCCAACCGACCUGCUUGCAUUUAGCUGAAGUGUGCAAAGAGAACUCGGCUUGCAGGACAAAACUGGAAAAUUACGAGCAAGCUUGUGCGGUUGACAGUGUUACAAGAAAAUGUGCGGGAUCGGUUUCGGAAUGCAGAAAGUCCAUUUUGGCAAUAUUGGGUACCGAUCUACGAACCUCUUGUGCCUGCAAAGGGUCUGAUCAGAGCGAACUCUACAACUGCCUAGGAUGGCAACGCAUCCUUUGGGUAAAUCCUUGCGUCGUUGAAGCGCAGAAACAUUAUCACAUGAAGAAAGCGGCCGAACAAAGCAGACUCUCCACUCACAUUCCCAUCCGAACAACGACCACAACUACAACCACCACUACCACCACCACCUUAAGACCUCCAUCAACGGUCCAUUUGACAGCUGUUCAAUCAAUUACAGAAGCUCCGCGUAAGAUAACCACGGAAUUCUUACCACCACCACAAGCUUUUGUGCCUACUUCCACCAUUACGUCGACUACUAUCACCACUAGCACCACGCAGAAGAGAACGACGACUAGAAGAACUAGACCUACCACCACUACAACAGCUGCACCACCAAGGUCCUGCAUUGUUCAAAGGCCACAAUUUCCUGAUCAGUUCAUUCGAGAAGGGAGUUAUAAAAGAAUUUAUCACGAAGACGAAUUUGAAUGCUCUGACGUGUGCGAAUGCGAGAUCGGAGAAAAGUUGUCAUGUCGAACGAUUUGCAUCGACAGGAUGCCCUGCAAGACGGAAUUUGCGUUUUACAAUCAUGCCGCACCGGCAUAUCAGGCAUUUAGGGGACGAUGCCUGUGCUAUUCCGGAAGAUUCAUAUGCAUGAAACCUUCGCCGACCGAUUAUUCCUUGCCACAUGGGGUUUUUCUUUUCCUCGGCUACAGUGAGGUGGAUGAGAGGGAGCUGAACAAAAAUCACACCACACAUCUAGUGGUGAUCCAGGAUGUCGUUCGCGUUUUGCAAGCGUUUAUAAAGGACGAGGCUGAAAAAGGCAAUGGGACACUGUGUAUUCUCGAGUUCUUUAAUGCGACUAGAGAGAAUGUCAUCAUAGUGGGAAAACUGUCGGAUGAAGUCGAUGUUAGCAAACUGACGCCCAUGGAAAUACUAGAAAAAGAAAAGGAUCAAUGUGCCGACCUGAUGGAAUUGAUUGUUGAUCGUAUCAAUAACCGAGAUGCGGAAUUUUUAUCGCACAUCCUUCUGUCGAUAUUCAAAAUGGCAGAGAUUGAAAUCGUUCCGGUAGAAACAUCUGGAGCUUUCCAUCCAGAUGUCAGCCAACUAUUUACAUUGACUACUUUUCUAACUAUUGUCAAAAUCAUUCAAAACUACCUGACAAUUUCGUGACAAUGAGACUGAUGAAUGCAUAUCACUUAGAAACUAAUAUUAGUGUGUCUUUGAAACACUUGCUCUAGGUAAAACGUAACCACUUUGUACAUAUAAUUGUUGACUAUUAUUGUUACUGUUAACAUAGACUAUAUUAGUCACUGACUGUCGUUUCAAAGGCAUUGCUCAGACCUUUAGAUAAAUUUAUAAGGAACGUGUUGUUCUUUAUUUUAUAAUUGCUUUUGAUGUAGGAAUCUGGAAAUGUCUUCCUUGGUGUGAGUUUAUGGCAUCUAUACGUGGUUGGACUAAAUUGCUGAGUAGCUGUAACUUAGACUGUCGUUCUACGAAUUAAUUAAUAAUUGAUCUAUUGGCAAAAUUGCUUCUUCAGUUCACCCUGUUAAUGUUGCUCAAAUACAUCAGACUUUCCCUUUAAAAACCUAAUGGAAAUCAAAUCAGAAACUGUUGCAUGCAACGGUUUAAUACACCAAAAACAUAUCUUUCCUAGUGCCUUCCGCUGUUUUAGCGAACAUGUCGCUUUUUACAACAUUAUCUUACAAACGGAUAGCCGAGUUAUGUUCAUACCUAUAUACUACAGGUAAACGUCGAUAUUAUAGUUUUCAAUUAGGUAAUUUAGAAGUGUGAGGCUUUUUGCAUUUUUAUGGGAGUUAACAACUUUUCUUGAUAAGAAUCGCGCUCGUAUCUUCACUUUUUAAACUUCAAGACAGUUAAGCUGCUUUGGAGGCUAUUGAAGAGAGAAUCUUUUGAAGCCCAACCCUUGUUUAAGAGGUUGAAAGGCAUUAAAGUUGGAGUAAGAAAAAUACGUUGAUUACCAGCCAAUUUUGCAAUAAAAAGUUUGCAAAUUAGUGUAGAUUUUACAGUUUUAUGUGCACUUUUAUCUGAGCAAAGAAUCAGCCACGUGAAUAAUGGCAGGAAGAUCUCACAUCGUUUCGAUUCGCUGUAAUUUGCAAUUUCGGUCUUUCUAGAAGCAGAUUAGUCGCACUAAUACCGUAAAAAAAUUGCGAUAUUUUUACUUUUAGUAACAAAUAAUACACUUUUUUGUAAGUAACAAGCACACAACAUAAUAUAAGCACACAUAUUAGACUGAAAAAUCAAUGGCCGCUCGUCACGCACAGUUUUACUUCAAAAUAUACCGGACACAGUUUUACUUCAAAGCAAGUGUUCUUUUUGCUAAAUUUUAUAUUGUUAUGGUUAUUUUAGAAAUCCUAUACUUACAUUUUUUUCAGCUGAUUGAAAUGAUUGCAUCAGCAAAGUCCGCAAACCCCACAUUUUCUUUGUAUGAAAGACUGUAAAUUGUAGGUUUUUCAACAAAAAUAUCAACGCAAUCCGUGGUAGUAAAUUAUUUUUUCUCCAUCAGUUUACUGUUAUCAGAAUUCUUUAUUGCGAAUUCAUUUUCUUUAAUUUUAUAAGCUUAAUGCAAAAUAGCAUCUUUACUUAGAAUUAACCGUUCAAACAAAAAACUUAACAAUAGUUCAAUAAGGUCAAAUCUGGACUUUUCAGCGUUCUAGAACAUUUGCGCAUAAACCAACCGAUUGUUAUAAAGCCAAACUUCAGACUAAUUAUGAAAAUUUUCGAUUCUUUUCCGCAACAUUAAGUUUUUGAAAGUUGAAAUGGGAGAUUACAUAAACAUUUACAAGUCAGAAUUACAAGAAGACUCAUAAGCAAACACUUUUCUUGAUCUCAAAUCAAUUCUAUUUUAAAAAUAUUUUUGUCUAUAAUUUAUUUCAUAAAUACUUGUAGUGUAAAUAUAAACAUACUGUAAAAUUAAUUUUUGACCACAAAAUUGGUAUCAAAUGUUUGUUACUUGCAUCUUCACAAUCCAUUUCGCUACAUGUUUCUUACUUAAACUUUGACGACUUUCACUCUUUUCAGUCCUCCGCAAAGCUUUGCUUGACUAGCUGCCAACAUUGAAAUACGGAUCAAUGUAAAAGGCCCCAAAAAACAAACGUAGGAAAUUAUAUAGAGUAGAUUAACCCGUCCAAUAAAUAAUAUAAAUCGACAUUUUGUAGUUGGAAUGUUCAACUCACCUGAGACGUCUCUUCAUUUGAGAUCUAAUCAAUCUAGUAAACAUCGUCAUAAAUUUGUAAAUACUAAUCUUGUGAGUGAUUUAGAUAAUUGCAAAUUUAGUCCAACUUACAAACUAAAUCUCACUUAACUAAACAACAAAAAAAAAUAAAAAAUAACUACUAGAGUACCCCUUGCUUAAGAGAAACAAUGUCAAGGCUUACUUGUAACAAAUACAUAUCAUCCAAUAGCUUUAAUGUAAAAACACGGUGUUUAUAGUACACGAUGCAUUGUUUGUUCUAGGAAAAAUUUAUUGUAAAGAUAAUUCAUUAUUUUUUUGCUACUUGACUUUACACUUUUAGAUAUAGUACCUAGAUCUAGCAAACGAAUUUUCUGUUGAUCAAAAUAAUAAAGCUUUUCGAUUUUGUAAUAA